AUGGGUCGAACAUUGAUGUACCCUAAGGGUGUUUCUAAUACGGUGAAUCGGUAUAAGCAUCGUGCAACAUACGACCUGGGUGCGAUCCACUCCAUCAUCAAUACAUCCCAAGUGCUCCAUGUGUCAUUCAACCCGGGCCCAGAAGAUCCAUUUCCCACCAUCCUCCCCAUGAUCGGGCAAAUGGGAUCAUUCGACUAUCCAUCAGCAGCUAUUGACGAGCCACUUGAAUGUUAUCUACACGGCUACGUGAGCUCGCGCAUCAUGAAUUUAGCUCGCAAUUCCGAUACCGGACAGGGUCUCCCUAUCUGUAUUGCGACGAGUCGAGUCGAUGGAUUAGUGCUAUCUCUUACUCCCAACUCUCAUAAUUAUAACUACCGCUCUGCAGUACUGCAUGGAUAUGCAACACUGGUCACGUCGGAAGAGGAGAAGCUUUGGGCCAUGAAACUAAUUACCAACUCAGUUGUCGCGGAUCGCUGGGAUAAUUCGCGGGUGCCGCCCGACCGAGCGGAAAUGUCGUCUACUGUCAUUCUUAAAGUCAGGGUUGUUAGUGGCAGUGGCAAGAUUCGGGACGGUGGAGUGACUGAUCUACGCAAGGAUACGGAAAAUGGUGAUGUUACCAAUCGCAUUUGGACGGGUAUGGUUCCUGUUUGGGAGACGUUUGGAGAGCCCGUUCCAAGCGAUGGAAAUAUGGUUUCUGAAGUGCCUGAGCACAUUACUUCGUUCAUUGCGAGUAAGAAUGCUCAAAAUCGUGCCUAUGCUGAGGGCGCUGUCCAUGUUGAGUUGCCUCCGGAAGAAAAGAAUUGA